AUGAUAACGUUUGGUGGCAGCGGCGCCAAGCGCGGAUUGGCUGCCGGUGCCAGCACUGGCAGCGUGGCCAAGAGACCGAUGGGCGGCCUGCUUGCCGGCCGAGAAGGACUUAAAGCAGUGAGCGCCAGGCCAGGAGGCGAUAGCGCUGCAGCUUCUCAGCCACCAAAGGUGGUAUACAUCCCCAAGGCGCAGAGGGAGAAGCGGCUGGAAGAGGAGGCGAAGAAGGCAGAGGACGAGAUGCGUCAACGCGAGGAAGCGAUAAAAAAGGUGCGAAUGGAGUACAUAAAGCAGGCAGAAUCGAACAGAGAGUCUGAGCGCCGGGAUAGGCACAAACGCAGGGAAAUAGAGCGCAUACGAGAAGGGGAGAACAAGCCUAAACACGAGGCCGGUGAAGGGGCUCAAUCGCAAACGAACGCGCAUAAUCUAGCAAACAGCGACCUGGCGGGGCUCAACUUGCUCUCCUUGCCAGAGGCAGAAGUCAGGCCGCGACUCAUCGAAAAGGAGUUAGAGCAAAUUCGGCAACAUUACCUGGGAAUCAGACAGGAGAAGAAGAAAGUCAAAAAGCCCUCGGAGAAAUUCAAAACCGUCUUUAACUUCGAAUGGGACAAUUCAGAGGACACAUCAGUGAACGAUAACAAUCCCAUCUACCAAAACAGGCCGGAGCCCCAGCUGCUGUUCGGCAGAGGGUGCAGGGCAGGCAUAGAUGUGGUGGAGCAGCGGAAGGGCAGCAAUUUCUAUGACGAGCUAUCCAGACGCCGCGGCGCGAGUGGUACGGGCAGUGACUCAGGACGUUCAGUGUCGCUCUCUGUGCAUUCAGCCGACCGGACUGUGCGGUCUAGGGUAUCGAAGGGUGGACUAGACGACGCAGACACAAGAGAUCAGGAAGCUAUCGACUCACAUUGGUCGUCCAAGACGCGCGAACAAAUGACAGAUCGCGACUGGCGCAUUGUCCGUGAAGACUUUGACAUAUCUGUCAAGGGUAGCCGCGUGCCGCCUCCGAUACGCACGUGGUCGGAAUCUGAUCUCCCCUGGGAAAUUUUGCAGGCGAUCAAGAAGGCGGGAUUCUCCUCGCCGACGCCGAUCCAAAUGCAGGCCAUACCCGUCGGGCUGCAGAUGAGAGACCUCAUAGGCAUUGCGGAGACGGGUUCCGGGAAAACGCUCGCGUUUGUGCUCCCGAUGAUUACGUACGUUAAAUCAUUGCCGUUGCUGAAUGAGGAAACGGCGCGAGAUGGGCCGUAUUCGCUAACCAUGGCGCCUACCCGAGAAUUGGCGCAGCAAAUACACCAGGAGACCGUUAAGUUCUCCGCGCUCUGCAAAACCCGCGCGGUGCUGGUAGUGGGAGGGCACAGCAUCGAGCAGCAGGGGUUCGAAUUGCGCAACGGGGCGGAGAUUAUCAUCGGCACUCCCGGGCGCAUCAAGGACUGCCUAGACAGGUCAUACACAGUGCUAUCGCAAUGCAACUACGUUAUUCUCGACGAGGCGGAUCGUAUGAUCGACAUGGGUUUCGAGGACAUCGUAAACGAGAUCCUUGAUUGCAUACCAACGUCCAACCUCAAGGACUACGACGAGGACGUUGCCCUCCAAGAGGAACUGAAGACCAAGGCGGGUUACCGCAGGUACCGCAUCACGCAGAUGUUCUCAGCCACCAUGCCUCCCGCUGUGGAGAAACUGACCAAAAAGUACCUCAGGUCGCCAGUAUUCGUGGCUAUUGGUGACAUUGGCAGCGGUAAAAAGUCAAUCACGCAGCGACUCGAGUUUGUAACCGAAGCGCGCAAAAAACAAAAACUGGAAGACAUUCUAGAGGGGCUGGAAGGACCAAUCAUAGUGUUCGUCAACAUGAAGAAGGUCGCCGAUGUGGUGGCCAGGCACAUUGUUAACAUGGGCUACAGGGCGAUAGCGCUGCACGGAGGCAAGAACCAGGACAUCCGUGAAGGCGCGAUCGAAAGCUUCAAAUCGGGGGAGUACGACAUACUGGUGGCAACGGACGUCAUCGGCCGUGGCCUCGACGUCAAAGGCGUGACUGCAGUUAUCAACUUUGACAUGCCCAAGGACAUACAGACGUACACGCACAGAAUAGGGCGCACCGGUAGGGCCGGGGCUAAGGGGUUGGCAAUCUCGCUUGUCACCGAUGACGACUCGGCCAUAUUCUACGACCUCAAGCAGCAGUUGAUCACCACGGAGAACAACGUGCCGCCGGAACUGGAACAACACCCGGCAACCAACACGAAGCCAGCGACGGCGAAUCAACCUCCAACGGACUGA